AUGUCCUCGGCCGGGUCCGAAGUUCCAUUACCGCAUUACCUCAGUACCUCAUUACCGCAUUACCGCAUUACCGCAUUACCGCAUUACCACAUUACCACAUUACCACAUUACCACACGAUACCUGCAAACUGCUUUGGACAGCAGCAGCAACAACAACAACAGCAGCAGCAGCAGCAGCAGCAACAACAACAACAACAACAGCAGCAGCAACAACAGCAGCAACAGCAACAACAGCAGCAGCAACAACAACAGCAACAGCAACAUCAACAGUGGCAGCAUCUGGAACAAGCCCGGCAACAGUCCGGCAAUUCGAUGCGACCACAUUCAAAUACCCAACAACAAUAUCACGCUGUACUGCAAGCGUCUCCAACUAUACGGCAAGAAGCUUCAAAUCUCCACAAAUUAUCGCCAAAUAUGCGCCGGCAGUCAUAUCAGCAUAUCCAACAACCUCGCCCUCGCCACCUAGAUACCCACUACAGAGCAAAUAGGGUUAUUCGCAUGAACUCUUUCGAUUGUACGCCCUACUCUCAGUCUUCUCCCGUCAAAUCUCCAGCCGAGGGACUGUCAACCCCUGUCGCUUAUCCUGCUUCUGCCACUGCAUAUGCCUGGGGUGGGAAUAAUCAUUGCUUGGUCAAUUCUUCGACGACAAACAGUAACACCAUUUGUCCUACUGCCAAUGCUCAUGAUCUAAGCAACUGCAUGACAUCCAGUCAAGUCCAGGAGUUGGACAAUGAGACCUCUGAUGCCCCCAUCCAUCGUACACCGAUCCAAGCCCAUCUAUCAACACCCUUGUUCAAAACACCAGCCAAUGAAACUUCCCCAGUUUCGCGAGGGACUUCAGCUGGAUCAAUGACAACUUCGGGCUCCAGCUUGACUGAUCCGUCUAUCCCUUCACCCGGGGACAAUAGAGCGUUCCAGGACCAAACUGCAAUCGCUGUGGGUCCAGGUGACCUUGUUUCUGGCUCAACGAACAACAGCGGUGACAUGCUCACUGAAGAAAUUGGCGGUGGGUCCGAAGCUUCAUCCUUCUUUCAAGAUGCCUUCUCAGAUGUUAAUGGACUUGAAAUCAACACUGCUGGCUCUCAAGAGUGCUCUGACGAGAACAAUUUUCUCAGAUAUGAGUUCUCUGAGCCUUUUGGUGUUCCAGCAUUAUAA